UGCGUUGAACUCCGUCAAAGAAAAAACAAAAGAGAAGGCACUAUGGAGUCCGGACUGAAGCUGAGUUUGUGGGGGAAUGGACCAAAGCCAGGACAGUUUUAUUCUUUUCCCGGCGGCUCGGUUUCGACAUGCGGGCCUGUCAGACACACACUUAACCCCAUGGUAACUGGAACAUCGGUGCUUGGUGUGAAGUUUAACGGUGGCGUCAUCAUUGCGGCAGACAUGUUGGGUUCAUAUGGCUCUCUGGCUCGCUUCAGGAACAUCUCUCGCCUUAUGAAGGUGAAUAACAGCACCAUACUGGGAGCAUCAGGGGACUAUGCUGAUUACCAGUACUUGAAAGAGGUCAUUGACCAGAUGGUUAUUGACGAGGAGCUGCUCGGCGAUGGUCAUAACUAUAGCCCGAAGGCGGUUCACUCCUGGCUGACUAGAGUGAUGUACAACCGCCGCAGCAGGAUGAAUCCGCUGUGGAACACUGUGGUCAUUGGUGGUUUCUACAAUGGCGAGAGUUUCCUAGGUUACGUGGACAAGCUUGGUGUAGCCUACGAGGCGCCUACAGUGGCCACUGGCUUUGGAGCAUACCUGGCUCAGCCCCUGAUGAGGGAAGUGGUGGAGAACAAGAUGGAAAUCUCCAAGGAAGAGGCUCGAGACCUCGUGGAGCGCUGCCUCAAAGUUCUUUAUUAUCGUGAUGCUCGUUCGUACAACAGGUAUGAGAUUGCAAUAGUAACGGAAGAGGGUGUGGAGAUAAUCGGACCGCUGUCUUCUGAAACCAACUGGGAUAUUGCUCAUAUGGUCAGCGGUUUUGAAUGAAUAUGAACUGCGAUGGAGAGAUGAAGACUUGCUGUGCAUCGACAGCCGUCACCCUGACAGUGUCACAAACACUUUAGUUUAUUUUCUGAUGUUUAUGUUCACUUUUGUACAAUGGAACAAUAAAUGAGAUGAAAAGAAAAA